CAUUCCCUCACUCUAUACUAAUUGCUAACACCCACAAUGCCUGCUGAAGAGGAGCAGAGAUUGGCGUCGACCAAGCGUCCCAUAUCCGCCGUUGAUGGUGGCGAUCAGGAUGGCGACGACGAUUCAUCCGAUGAUGACUUCGGUCCAGCUCUUCCCUCUGCAGAUGCUCCUAAGAAAAAGCGCCGCAAGCUCCCUUUCGAGAAAGUUUACGUGAAUGCGCUCCCGGCAUCGCCCCGGUAUUCGAAAUCCCUCAUGCACAAGGACCAAUUGUCCUUCCUCACAGUGACUCCGCAUACGGACUUCCUGAUCACCUCCUCCAUCGAUGGCGUCGUUAAGUUCUGGAAGAAAAUGGCAGUUGGGGUUGAGUUUGUGAAAGAGUUCAAGGCGCAUGCCACGGAGAUCAAGCAUGUCAGCGUUAGUGCCGAUGGCCGAAGCUUCGCGACGACUGGUGCCGACAAGACGAUUAAGAUAUUCGAUGUAAUUACUUUUGAUCUAUUGGCUAUGCUAACAGUCGAUUUCAACCCGCGGUGUGUUUGCUGGGUGCAUCGCCGUGGCGCCUCAUUGCCGCUCCUUGCGGUGACCGACGAAGAGAGCAGCAUGAUCCAGUUCUUCGACGGCCGCGGCGAGAACCCUACCCCGUUACACACUGUCAAAACCAUCCAUCGCAGUCCUAUAGUCGCUAUUGCCUUCAACGACGCCUACGACUGUGUCAUCUCCGCUGAUGAGUCUGGCAUGAUCGAGUAUUGGCGGGCGGGUGACGGCUCGUUCGAAAAACCAGACAAUGUGUUUGAGCUUAAGUCCUCCACCAACCUCUUCGAGUUCAAGAAAUCCAAGUCUACUCCCGCAUCCAUAUCCAUCUCACCUUCCGGCGAGCAAUUCGCGACGAUCUCGUUCCCCGACCGCCAAAUCCGCAUCUUUGACUUCGCUACCGGAAAGCUCUACCGCAAGUACGAUGAGUCUCUCACCACCAUCAUGGAGAUGCAGCAGGCCGGCACAGCGCUCUACCAGCUCGACGAGGUCGAGUUCGGCCGGCGGUUAGCGGUCGAGCGCGAGCUCGAGAACCCCAUCACCAAGCCGAAAGUCAACGUCCUCUUUGACGAAUCGGGCCACUUCAUCCUGUACGGCUCCCUCCACGGCGUCAAGUGCAUCAACACCUACACCAACCGGGUGGUCCGGGUCUACGCCAAAGACGAGCCCUUCCGGGCCCUCAACCUCGCCAUGUACCAAGGCCAGCCCCAGAAGAAGGGAGUCGUGACCGUCUCCAUGGCCGCCAGCGCCAAUCCCCUCCUCCAGGAAUCCGAAGAGCGCGACCCGCUCCUCAUCAGCACCGGCUACGGCAAACUCCGCUUCUACCUCUUCACGAACGACACCGACGUCUCCAAAUCCACCCGCGACGUCCAGAACGAGCGACCGCGCGAGGCCGCCUCCGGCCGCGAGGCCACCGCCCAGAAGACCGCCGAGCUUGGCACGUCGGCCGUCCUGCACACCACCAUGGGCGACAUCCACCUGCGGCUGUACCCCUCCGCCGCGCCCAAGGCGGUCGAGAACUUCACCACGCAUGCCCGCAACGGCUAUUACAACAACACCAUCUUCCACCGCGUGAUCCGCAAGUUCAUGAUCCAAGGCGGCGACCCGCUCGGCGACGGCACCGGCGGCGAGUCCAUCUGGGGCGGCGAGUUCGAGGACGAGUUCUCCAGCCUCAAGCACGACAAACCCUACACCCUCUCCAUGGCCAACGCCGGCCCCAACACCAACGGCAGCCAGUUCUUCAUCACCACGGAGAAGACGCCCUGGCUGGACGGCAAGCACACCGUCUUCGGCCGCGCGGUGCAGGGCCUCGAUGUCGUGCAUAAGAUCGAGAACACCAAGACGUACAAGGAGAAGCCCGAGCAGGAUAUCAAAAUCGUCAGUAUCACGGUCUCGUGAGAGGGGAAGCAGACUCCACAAGUUGAAACGGCUGAUGAAAUAUCGUCGACACUGGCCCUUCCCUUUCUUUCCACAGUUUUGGCUUGGUCUCCUAUGCUGGGUUCCCUGUACAUCUAGAUUAUAUCCAUCACCCGCAUU